GUUAUCACCUGAUCCUGAUCACGUGUUCUGCCUGCUAGCGCCAAGCGAGACGGAGAGAGUGAGUAGUUGGAAGCGCAGUUUCAGGCGGCGCUAUGGCUUCCGCGCCGGUGUGGGCACUGCUGGCUCUCUGCUGCGUCAUGCAGCCCGGCUCUUCGCUCGUCAGGAUCCCACUGAAGAAAUUCACCUCCAUACGCCGCGCUAUGUCAGAAACCGACCAGGAUGCGCUGAAGUUGAGUGGAAAUGAAGCUGCCACAAAAUAUUCUGCUUUUCUCAAUAGCAAGAAUCCCACCCCAGAGACACUGCUGAAUUAUUUAGAUGCGCAGUACUAUGGCGAGAUUGGCAUCGGUACUCCUCCUCAGCCAUUCACUGUGGUGUUCGACACGGGAUCCUCUAACCUCUGGGUGCCAUCAAUCCACUGCUCCUUUUGGGAUUUGGCUUGCUGGUUGCACCACAAGUACGAUUCCUCCAAAUCCACCACCUACAUCAACAACGGCACAGAGUUUGCCAUCCAGUAUGGCAGCGGGAGCCUGACUGGCUACCUGAGUAAGGACACCGUAACGAUUGGAGACUUGGCAGUAAAUGGGCAGUUUUUUGCAGAAGCCAUUAAGCAGCCUGGCAUUACCUUUGUAGCAGCCAAAUUUGAUGGCAUCUUAGGUAUGGGUUACCCCAAAAUCUCUGUGGAUGGAGUCCCUCCUGUGUUUGAUGAUAUCAUGGAGCAAAAGCUGGUGGAUAGUAACAUCUUCUCUUUCUAUCUAAAUCGGAACCCAGACACACUGCCUGGGGGAGAGCUGUUACUAGGAGGCACAGACCCCGCAUUUUACACUGGGGACUUCAACUACAUGAAUGUGACUCGGAAGGCCUACUGGCAGAUUCACAUGGACCAGCUGAGUGUUGGGGAUCGGCUUUCCCUCUGUAAGGAUGGCUGCGAAGCUAUUGUGGACACAGGAACCUCGUUAAUCACCGGGCCGGUAGAAGAAGUGACAGCUUUGCAGAGAGCUAUCGGGGCUAUCCCACUGAUUCGCGGAGAGUAUAUGAUCCUCUGUGAUAGUAUCCCAUCACUUCCUGUCAUCAGCUUCACAUUUGGAGGUCGGGCAUACUCCCUAACAGGGGAACAGUAUGUGCUAAAGAUUUCAAAGGCUGGUCGCACCGUCUGCCUCAGUGGCUUCUUGGGCCUUGACAUCCCUCCUCCGGCCGGGCCCCUCUGGAUAAUAGGAGACGUUUUCAUUGGCCAGUAUUACACUGUUUUUGACCGUGCUAAUGACCGUGUGGGUUUUGCUAAAGCAAAGUGAUGUCUCCCGUGCUCUACUCACUGGCAUAAUCACCCCCUCCCUUUUUGAAGAUCUAUUUUUCCAAUAAUGGACUUUACACGACAAAAUCAACAUGCCCAAAAAUGCAUUUAAACACAAUGUUUUCUUAAGUCUGCACUGCUGUAAAUUGUGAAUCAGAAUGUUUAUUUAUAGGUACCUAGAUUUCUUAGUAGGGCUUUUUGACCCACAACUUGACUAAAAUGUCAUUGACUUGGCAGCACUUUAUGGCAUCGGGUAAAGAAAUUCUUAAGACAUUAAAAGCUGCUUUUUGCAUUUAAAGACUAUGAUUAAUUGGUACAUACAUUAAAAUAAACUUUGAUUUUUUUUUGGUAUUACUGGUCCCUUAACCCCA